AUGACAAGUCGUGUUGAUGAUGAGAUCUCUAACCUCAUGAAGAGGGGGAGCUAUAAGCUGUGUCUGCAAAAGGUUGUCCAGUCGAGAAAGCAGCUACCCAAUUCUUCCUACCUUAAAGUCUUGGAGAUAUACAUCAAAUUUAGAAUGUCUCCCAGAAAAUUCAAUUACGAAGAUUCUUUGGGACGUUUGUAUGGUACCAACGGUACCGAGAUAACUAGCGAUACCCGGGCGCUGAACCUACUGCACACAUUCUUUGUCGAGCUUGGAAGGUACGAAGAAGCGCUCCAGGUGUAUGAACGAGCCAACUUCAAGUACCAAGGCUUCGAGAUAGCGUUGACGUGGUUUGAGAAGACUCUCCGCGAUUCUAAUUACAAGCAGAUGGUGAAGUCAUGUCAGCAGCUGGCAAAAUUAGGCGGAGAUCUUGGAGAAGGGCUUUCUCACCGUGACUACAUCUUCUGGUAUGCUCUAUCUAUCGUGGUUCUUUUCCGUUUCCAAAGCCAUAAGGUUGCUGAUCAGGAGAAGAGACUGCUACCGCAGCUCGCCUACCGAUCACUGUGCAAUGUCAAACCGUUUCAGUCCGCUCAAGAAGUGUACGUCUUUUGUACGGUAUGCGAGGAGCUCUUCCCAGAUGAUGAGCAGAAAGCACAGGAAAUUAUCCAGGAGGUAAUCCCGCGGCUCGAGAGGUCUGUUGACCUUUACAUGAAGAAUUUCUUCCUAAGGAAUCUCAAAAAGGAUGAGUACUCCACAGCUUUCGAUCUCUGCGGCAAGUUGUUAGAGAGACUCAAUGAUUUUGAGCUGAUCACUCGGUAUAUUCAUGCGGCUAAGAAUCUCUCCAAAUCAAAGGAAGAGACUCUCCAAAAUAUUGCACUUUACGUGGGCGACUCCAGAAACUCUCGGUUAGCACAUUUAGAAGCAGAUAGGGUUUACGACAAUCGAAUCUCUAAAGCUGCCUUGGGUCAUUACGUCCAGAAAUUUCAUAAUAAGUCCUGUUGCACCACUGAUCUGAACGGAUAUAGGGAUUUCAUUGAUGAAUCGUCCAUCAGGGAGACAUUCAACGAAUGCGAUGGGAUUGAUCUGCUGCACGAGGUGAACCUGUUCAAGCUGGGUCUCUCGGAGUUCACACCUGUUCAGGCAUAUGUUAAAUACGAAUCGACUUUGGUCAGUAAGCCAAUCACAGACUAUUCGGCUUGUUCAACUUACAUUCUAAGGAUCAUGCAAGAUCUAAUUUUGACAGAAGACGAGCCACCACUAGAAAAUGUCUUAUUGGCGUUGACUUUACUUGAGAACUAUCAGAUAAAAGAUCCGCACAACUACGAGACCUCCGUAUGGAUAGUCGCCUUGUACAUGUAUCUUGGUUGUGUCCCGUUAGCAUUUCCUCAAUACUUGAUGCUCAAAACCAAAAAUGUACAAGUCGAUAUCGCCGAUUUUAUUGUCUAUUCCCGCUUUGCCACGAUGUUUCCUCUGAAAACUCACGAUUACAUCAAAAGAGCAUAUGAAAACCUGGAAAAGUUCUAUCAGAGUUCUGCGGGCAGGCUAUCCCAACUUGCUCAAAUCGCCUUUGAAAGGAAAUCUUACAGCAAGAUCAUAGGAAUUCUAGAAUUUAACGACCGCAUCGAUAGAUCAAGCAUGAAGUGGUUGAUGGCGUCAGAGAGCGUCAAGAUGGCCCGACUUUGUAAUGACAAACGCGGGGAGCUACUUCAAAGUAUGCAUGAACAGUGGAGGCUAAUGGAGAUGAUAGGAAACAUCAGCUUUUCAGACAACAGAGAUUAUAGAAUAUUCGGACCAGAUAUCCAGCAAGACAAGCUACCACAUGUUCUUCGGUAUCUGAGCGUCAGCGAUGAAAUCAUAAUGCUGGACUGUAUCAAAGAAUUUAUGAUCGAGCUGAUACCGUCGAGGGAAAGAGAUGCAAAGCUUGAAUCAUAUCUGGAAAAGAUGAGAGCUUCAGGAGAAUCGCCCAUUCAUGCCGCCGAUUCCGUCGAUGCAUGGUCCUUCGAGGUCUUCCACGACUUAUACGCAAACGACGGAGCUAAUCUGCUCGAGCUCGUAAAGAAUCUGUCUCUUCACCCGCAAUCGACGAGUACUUGGAGGCUUUCCCAUGAGUACCUGACUAAGAUGCACACUCUAAAAACGCUAGACUCUUUCAAGAGAAUCAAGGAUAGCGCCCUCAAAGAUAGCAUUAAAACCAACAUCAAGCUACUUAGAGAUAGUUGUGACAGCUUGUUUUCGCAGUACAUAUCUCACGUAACGGAGAUGUGUGGAAAACUCGAGACAGGACCGAGUGGUCAGUUAUUACAGUCCCUUGGCUAUGCUCCAUUAGACGCUGAAAACAUUACCAAAGGACUGCUCACAGUUCAAAAGGCGACUAGAAAUUUAUAG